CUUCAAUAUUGGCAUGAAGCUUCAAAGCAAGCCGGCGCAAUGGAUGAGCAGUGCAACCUUUUUGGAAGGUGUGCAUAAACGUGGGCUCAUCAUGAACGACGCCAAUGACUGCCAACGCUUCACAUGACCUCGGCAAUUCUCGUUGUCUCUGAUGCAGCACCUGGCAUUUGUGAAGCUUCCGGAUCCUUGCCGUGGAAAGAAGCUGAUGCUGUAGGCAUCGAAGGGCACUCAUUGUGGAGACCAUGUCCAGAGAACUGUCCCAUCCGAAUGCACCUUCCGGGCGAAAGCUGUGAAUUCACCUGCGUCAAUGGAUCGUUGGGCAGCUGCACAGACAUGGCAAUGAACGUGGCUGAUGUGGCCAAAGGAAUUUGCAGAAGCUGCGAAAUUUCAGGCUGCCAAGUUUGCAGUCCGGAGGAUCGCUGCAAUGAGUGUGCAGUUGGCUUCUACCUUUCAAAGGAUGGGAAGGCUUGCCACAGCAAGUACGCCUUCUUUGCUCCCUGUGUUUAUGCAAUCUUGGGCGUGUUCUUGCUGACCAUGGCCUCGUGGUACCUUUGGUUGAGAAAGCAGCCAAUCGUCAAUCUAAGAGUGUUGAAGCGUGCGGUCAUACGCCGCCACCACAUGAACUUGCGAGAUCACACUACGCAGCAGCACCCUUGGUACCCACUGUCAACCAAUCUAUGCCGUGCGAGAGCUGAUGGGCACAUUGUUGGGGGCAGGGCCCUUUUGAUGUUUUUCAGCUUUCAAGCCUUUGUGAUCUCCUGGACUGUUUUUGCAGCAUGUUCCUGGCUCAUGUGUGCUUGGGUUUCAAAAGCGCCACUACUGAGUGAAGGCAAAGUGUCAGGAGUGAAAGAGGACAUUUUCUCCAUUUGCAAUGCCACCUUGAACGAACUGGGAGGUGAAAGGCAGUCUACAAAAGUGGGAAAGCUGGCUUACACUCUGGCACUGUAUUUCUUCACAACUUUGGCGACUUUCUUCUAUGCAGUUUCCCAGAGCCGUCGGCGCGUUCGUCUGGACACUGACGAGGCCACAAUGAAGGAUUUUGCGGUGAUGCUAAAGGGCUUCCCUUGUGAGACCGGGAGUCAGGUCGAGCAGCAGCGUCUAUCCUUUGUUCGCAAGACCACUGGGUGCCACCCCAUUGGGGUCUCAAUCUGCUGGGCAUACAAUGCCAAAGAGGUGACUGAGCUCAUAGCCAGGGAAACCUGGCUGUGGGGCAAGGUUCGUGACAGCUGUGGUGAUGUAAGGCAGGCAAACAUGCCAUUGCAGCACAACGAAAGAAGAUGUGGACUGAUGCGGUCUUUCUUUCUGUUCCUCACGCACUUGAUCGCACCCCCGACACAGCCUGAGGAUGCCGACUUGGGCAAAGCCAGACGGCAUGAAGAGCGUGCCGUAUCUGCCGCUGCCAAUGCGCAAUCAACCAGCUUCAUGUACGUGGUCUUUCGAUCUGAGACUGAGCGGGAUCAUGCCAAGAGGGUCUUUUCUUGCGAAAGUGAAAUCCCGCUUUAUCGUGGGCUAGCUGUCCAGUAUGAACGUGAAGGAAGUGGCUCAGAGCCUGAAAAUGUCCCUUGGCAAAACUUCAGCAAUGAUGCACAGGGUAUGCGAUAUCGAGCUUUGACUUCAGUAUGUGCCAUUGCUGGUGCGAUUUUGCUGUGGGGUCUUUUGUUUUACUUCCCUUUCGCAAUGUAUGAAGCCUGGUCAUACUCAGCCUUGGGCGAGCCAACAGACUUUACCUCUGAAACAACCUUCAGCAUGUUGGUUGUGGCUGGCAACCAGAUCUUAUACUUACUUUGCGAGAAAGCCUCGCAGUUCAUUGGCUUCCGCUUUGCGAGCCAGCAAUUGACUGCAUACAUUGGGCUUUACACGAUGGCGCUCUUAUCCAAUCUUGCCAUUGACUUGGCAAUUCUUUUCUACACGACCCGGAUAGCAAUGGAAAAUGUGGGCCUUGACGUAACCCGUGCGGCCUUCCUGUUGGGCAACGAUGAGAUGAUUUGCUUUCCAGUCAGAGCGCGAAUGGGGGCCCGGUUGAUGUCCUACAACUUUCCUGCAUGUUUCUUGCUGCCAUUCUUGUGUGAGGCUUUGUCCUGGCCUAAGUUGCAAGGGGCACUCUGCUGGUUUGCUGUACCAUGCCCUGCUUUGGAGAGGUUCACGGUGAUAGUGCCGUAUCAUAUCUACAAGAAGGUGGUAGGCACUCAACCUAUCAGUCAGAGAGCAGCCGACGCUUUCUUGCUGCCACCUUUGUUUGAAAUGGGUCGAUAUGCUGAUGUGGUUCUGAACAUGACGCAAGCAACCAUCUCUUUAUGCUUCAGCGCAGGCUACGUUCUUCCAACUUUGGUGGGCAUGUUCAUCGGCCACACCCUGGUAUAUGCUUGGGAUCACUACAGGGUGCUGAGACACGUUCGCAAAUUCAGAUUUACCUCCUUCCGCACGGAAAAGGCGGCUCAACGAAUGCUUGCACUUCCAGGGGCGAGCCUCCUUGCCAGUGCCAUGCUUCAAUUGUUCCAGGUUGGUGCCGUAACACCUAGCACCGAAGCUGUGGCCGCAAUUGUGAUGAUCGGUGCUGCCAUAGCUCACAUUGCCUUGCACCUGCUCGUGCUGCAGUACGUGGUGCCUUGGGUUGGAGCAACUGAGCACACAGCUGCAACGCAGACCUACGAACAGGUUGCGAAGAUGAAUCCGGGGAAUUGGUUCAACAUGAAUCCGAUCCACUGCUUGCGGUCGAGGUAUGUUCAUCAACAUGACCCGCCCUGUAUCUUCUACCAGAUUGGGAAGGAGCAUCUCCUUGAACCCAAUGCCAAGCUCGGCCUGUUCUAUAGCGCGCCGGAGUGGAAAAAUGAAGCGCCAUCAACGUAUUUGGAGUUGGCUCGGCUCGCAAGACGAUCCCUUGCACGGGGGACGUUGGUCGCUGACAGUGGCAUGCUGCCACAAGGAGCUCGAGACGAGGAGCUUCAAAGAGAGCAGAUUUGUGCUGUUCCUGAGGAGGCGGUUGAGGAUGGAAGCAUGGCGGAAGCCCACAGGACAGGGCCCCAGGGGCAAUCUGCAGGUUCCAAGGCUGUCGAGAAGCCCCGCAAAAGUGUUGUGACCUUUGCGUCUGAUGAACAUGAUGCAGACCAAGAUUAACUGCGAUAGCCCGUGGUAGCAUGUGGAUCGAGUUGAUGAACAUUGACCCUUUGCCUCAUGUGGAACAGGAGUUGUUGCCCUGAACCUUGCGGACUUGGUGGCUGAGCAUCAGUGACUCUGGUUACUGCUUAGGAGGGAACACGAAGAACGAGCAGAAGCUUUGCAAAGAUGACGGUCGAGCAAAUGGUGUGAGCGGCAAGGAUGACAGAAAA